GAGACCCAUACUUAUGCAGGUUCAUGUUCCUCGCUCCCUCCAACUACUCCCAACCCCAUUGCCCAACCCUCCCCACCUCUUUCAUCGCAGCAUGGCUGGGCGUUACAGCUUCUAGCUCCCUUCUCCCACCCUUGCCCAUACUCGUUCCGCCCUCCCUCCCCUGCAUGACCCCAGCCCUCCCACCGACCCACACCUUUCCAGCUCUCCCGCCCGUCAUGGCAGGGCGUUACAGCAUGAACCUCCCCCAUCCUUGCUUUCCCUCCCUCAUUGAGUCCCUCAUCGUUUAUUCCUCCUUACCUACCCUCCAUUCCCCUACCCAUCCCCCAUAUCUCCAGCACAUCAUACGGGGGCGCUAUGGUGUGCAUUGCAGCUUGCACCUCCCCCCGCCUUACCUCGCUUUCCCCCUGUCAUUGCUUUCCUCUUUGUUUCUUCCUCCUUCCCUACCCUCCAUUCCACCAUCCCAAACCCCACACCUUUCCACCUCUUCCAGUGCAUCAUGGCAUGCUAUGGUGUGCUGUGCACUGCAGCUCUCUCUGCCCUCCCUUGGAUGUCCCUGUCCGUUGCUUCCCCUCCCCUUUAUCACCGCCCCACUCCCCUCACUCCCGUUCAUAGCUCCACACGUGUCAGCGCAUCAUGCCGGGGUGCUACGGAGUGCACCUCGCCCUGAUAACCAAGACGUGCAUGGCAGCGCAUAG